CUAAAACAAUUCAACGAUUUGAUUCGCCAUCGCCUCCGUCCCCACUUUCGUCUCUAGACAGAACCAGGAUAUGGAUGAAGAAGAAGAGAUUUUGAUGGAAGUGGAGGCCGUACGGGCUGUAUACGGAGAAGAUUGCAAGGUUAUUGAUUCGUAUCCGCCCCAUCUUCAGUUACAUAUCAAGCCCCGCACUGCUGAUAUCUCAUCUCAACAGUUUGUUGAAGCAGUUAUCACUAUACGAGCAGGAUCUGAGUAUCCAAAAGAACCACCUCUUAUUAAUCUCAUAGACUCCAAGGGUCUCGAUGACAAACGGAAAAAUCAACUGAUAAGAGGUAUACAGGACAAAGCAUGCGGACUCACAUCUUGUUUAAUGGUUGUAGCUCUUUGUGAGGAAGCAGUGGAGAGGCUCUCUAUUAUGAAUCACCCAGAUGGAGAUUGUCCAUUGUGUUUGUGUCCUUUGGUCCCAGAAGAUGAUAAAAGCAAAUGCUUACCGUUUAUGAAGUUGAUGUCUUGUUUUCAUUGCUUUCAUAGUGAAUGCAUUAUUAGGUGGUGGCAUUGGCUUCAAGAUCAGAAAGAGACCAGUGCUAAAGAUUUACCUAGGGCAACUGAACGCCCUAUAAGACAUAUCAAAAGUCAUGAAGACAUCACUGGCCCUAUGGAAGAAAGUAUGGGGAACUGUCCAGUUUGCCGUAAGGUCUUUCAUACCAAGGAUCUCGAUCAUGUGCAUGACUUGGUUGGCGCUUAUUCCUCUCAAUUGAUACAGGAUUCUGAUGAAACCAACACCAAUGAGAAUGAGAAGCUCCUUCACUCUGAGGCGGAGAACAUAAGAAGAGAGAGAUUUGAGACCAUCCUAAAAUUGCAGGAAGAAAACAGUGGUUUAAUAGAACCCCGUAAAAACAUAGUUGUUUUGCCUGGUAUGUUUCUUCCUCAGCCAAUCAGAUCUACUCCUACACCAACAUCCACCAGCGAGGUUACCGAACAAGACGAAAGACAACCAGUUGGAGCAGCUCCUGGAGAGCCAAAUUUAAGUGGUUUAUCAACCAGGCCUGGCACCAGUCAGAAUCAGAACUCGUACAUGAAUAGGAGAAGGGUACGAAAUCCAAGAAAACCAGUUAGGCAAUGGAUUAGGAAAGACGAUAAUACUGCUGAUUGAGAUGGCAUGCUGGAUUUUCUUUCUGAAAGGAUUUUAUGACAGUAGGGAUGAACGCCUUAUGAAAGGAUUUUAGGAGUUUAUUUGUAAAAAUGAAAAUAUCAG